AAAUUCUAUUUCACUCAUCCAAACAAACUAUUCUCUUCUCAAUCACCAAGCAAAAGAAACAUGUCUCUUGCAGUGUUGCUUGCUUUUGCAAUGAUAGCAAUGCCAUUGAGGAUAUCAGCAAUUGACCCUCUUGCAGCCACUGGAAAAGAACCCAUCAUUGAGCUAUACAUGCAUGACAUUCUUGGAGGGAGUAACCCAACAGCUAGACCAGUAACAGGUUUGCUAGGAAACAUAUACAGUGGUCAAGUCCCCUUUGCAAUGCCAGUAGGAUUCAAUAUCCCAAGUGGUGGGAUUCCAAUCCCCAAUUCCAAUGGUGCUGUUCCCACUGUCAAUGGUGUUACUGGUAUCCCUCUUGGAACUGGUUUGGCUGGUACUACCUUUGCACCAAACUCAGGCAACAACAACCAAAAUAAUGUUCAGUUGCAGUUAGGACCUGAUGGAUUGGGACUAGGGUUUGGUACAAUCACUUGUAUUGAUGAUAUACUGACAUCUCAACCUGAAUUGGGUUCCCAAAUAGUUGGGAGGGCUCAGGGGGUUUAUGUGGCGAGUUCCGCCGAUGGGAGUAGGCAGAUGAUGGUAUUCACAGCUUUGUUUGAAGGAGGGGAAUAUGGGGAUAGUUUGAACUUCUAUGGUUUGUUCAAGAUAGGAAGCACCAUGUCACAGUUAUCUGUGGUAGGGGGAACAGGGAAGUUCAAGAAUGCAAAGGGGUUUGCUGAAGUGAGACCUCUUAUCCCAGCAGGACAGAUUGCCACUGAUGGUGCUGAGACAUUGCUGAGGAUCAUUGUAAAUUUGAAAUACUGAAAGAAAAAAAACUCUUGUUUAUGUGUAGAUGAUGUGUGAAAGCAAGGGUAUAUUGUUGGAUUGCUGAUGAUUCAUGAGAUUGGUCUUGUAUUUUGUCAGUUUGAUUGCAGAUUGUGUUUGAAAUCAUAGUUGUAAUCCAGUGAAUUGUUCUUUUUUAAGUUUGGAGUUGUGGUCUAGGUUAAUGAUGGAUUGUUCUUUCUGUUUCA